UCCCCUCUCUCCCCCCCCUCCUCCUCUCCCUUUAAUGGGUUGUGGCCAGGAGAUGAGGUACACUGUGGUUCUGGGCGUUGAAGUGGAUGGUACCAUGGAGAGGAUUGUUCCCAGGUUUGCUUUGGGAACCCAGGAGUUUGACAUCUGGAAGGACUACCUGCAGCUGUCACUGAAGGUGGAGGAGUUGUGUCGGCCUGGGCUGGACGGUAGCGAGCCAGCGGAUGUGCCCGCCGCUCCCGCUCCCCUCUCCGCUGGCACCGUACGCCCGCGGCUGGUGUCGUCGUCCAGCGAGUCGCCGCCCGACUGUGACGGUCCCGGCAAGAACGCGGGCAGCAUCUGCACCUUCUGCAAGCACAACGGCGAGUCACGCAAGGUGUACACCUCGCACAUGCUGAAGACCGAUGGCGGGAGGGUGGUGUGCCCGAUACUUCGCAACUACGUUUGCCCGCUGUGCCAAGCCACGGGCGACUCUGCGCACACCCUGAAGUAUUGCUGCUUCAACCCCGACAAACAAUCUCUCUACCGCAACCACGGGCGUAACUCAGUGGGCAAGAAGUCACGUCGCUGACUGGCCAGCCAAAAUCUACCAAACGAGACCUCCUUCUAAAACUUGAAACACAGGCAGACAAACCUUGUAGAUGGCCAAAGUUAACGGGACAAGCCACCUUCUUCUAAAACUUGAAACACAGGCAGAGAAACCUUGUAGAUGGCCAAAGUCAAUGGGACAAAACACCUUCUUCUAAAACUUGAAACACAGGCAGACAAACCUUGUAGAUGGCCAAAGUUAACGGGACAAGCCACCUUCUUCUAAAACUUGAAACACAGGCAGACAAACCUUGUAGGCAGCCUAGGUCAAUGGGACAAGACACCUUCUUCUAAAACUUGAAACACAGGCAGACAAACCUUGUAGAUGGCCAAAGUCAACGGGACAAGAUACCUUCUUCUAAAACUUGAAACACAGGCAGACAAACCUUGUUGGCAGCCUAGGUCAACUGGAUAAGAGACUUUCUUCUAAAACUUGUAACAGACAAACCUUGUAGAUGGCCAAAGUCAACGGGACAACACACCUUCUUCUAAAACUUGAAACACAGGUGGAAAAAAGUUGUACAUGGCCAAAGCCAACCAAACCAGAUUAUGAAGAAGGGUCUCCACCCAAAACGUCACCCAUUCCACCUCUCCAGAGAUGCCGCCUGUCCCGCUGAGCUACUCCAGCAUUUUGUUUCUAUCUUCAAACAAGAUAAUUUAUUUUAAAACUUGUAACGCAGGCAGAGAAGCCUUGUCGAUGGCUGAAGUCAACCAGAAAGGGAGACCUUCUUCUAAAGCUUGCAACAUAAGCAAGGAAGCUUUGUAGAAGGCUGGUCAACCAAUCGAGAGACUUUCUUUUAAAUCUUGUAAAAUAAGUAAAGAGGUUUUAUAGACAAAAACAGAGACUUUUCUUUUAAAACUUCUAACAUAAGCAUAGAUGUUUUGUAGACGGCUAAAGUCAACCAAAAGGGAGACUUAUCUUUUAAAACUUGUAGCAUAAGCAGAGAAGUUUUGUACAUAGCAUUGCCGGUACAUUAAUGCUUAAGAUGAAUGGAUCAGAAUUGGUUUGAUGUUCAUUUAUAUUUAUGAUGCUGGACUGCCGACAUUUUUGUUUUAUUUGCCGCUUUACGGAAGUUGUACAAUGUCUUGAAAAGAGUUUUAUUUUUCUUGAGGAACGUUGUAUAUUAAAGUACGUUUUUAUCUUUGUGAAUUCUGCUUACUUUUUACUCUGAUAGGGUCAGUGUGGCAGAUGUGUAAUUAGAAACAGAAACAUAGAAAUUAGGUGCAGGAGUAGAGGCCAUUCGGCCCUUCGAGCCUGCACCGCCAUUCAAUAUGAUCAUGGCUGAUCAUCCAACUCAGUAUCCCGUACCUGCCUUCUCUCCAUACCCCCUGAUCCCCUUAGCCACAAGGGCCACAUCUAACUCCCUCUUAAAUAUAGCCAAUGAACUGGCCUCAACUACCCCCUGUGGCAGAGAAUUCCACAGAUUCACCACUCUCUGUGUGAAAAAAGUUCUUCUCAUCUCGGUUUUAAAGGAUUUCCCCCUUAUCCUUAAGCUGUGACCCCUUGUCCUGGACUUCCCCAACAUCGGGAACAAUUUUCCUGCAUCUAGCCUGUCCAACCCCUUAAGAAUUUUGUAAGUUUCUAUAAGAUCCCCUCUCAAUCUUCUAAAUU